UUGCAUUGACAGUUCUGCACUGACAGUUGAAUUGCAUGUUUGCAUGUGCUGCUUUUUUUCUCUGUGAUUUUAUCAUAUUAUUUUGGCUCACUUGGAAUUUGAGAAAUCAAAAUGGCAAGUUUAGUGAAAUUAAAGUUCUCAGAGUUUGAUUUUAAAAAAGAAGAAGAUGAAGAUGAUGCAUUUGAGAAUUUCUUGCAGGACCUUGAAGAAAAUGGUUUUAAACAAAUUAUUGGAGCAUCAGACAUGCCAGAGGAUGAAGAUGAGAAAGUUUACCCCAGACAUGUCCAAGAUCUCAUAGAAAAGGAUGCCAAAAUAAGUGAAAAACUUCAGAAAGAAGUCAUCAACCUAUUUAUUUUCUACCUUACAAAGCUACCAAGUGUACCCGAGAAACACUUUGAUGACUUGGAGUCGGCUUAUAAAAGGGCAUUAGAGAUCAUUACAGAUUGCUGUAUAUUUAAGAAUCUGAAGGAUUUAGAAUUUCUGAGAUCUGUGUUUAAAACUCUCCAGGAGUUUAUAAGUGAAGCAGACUUUCCACAAAAGAAGGACAUAGUGGAUGUGACAGAGAAAGCAGUAAAGGAACUCCUGACUGUUCUGAAAAGAAAUAAACCGCUGGAUGUGUAUGAUAUGACCCUACAGCUCUGGAAGACAGUGACCAUUAGUCCUAAAGCUGACAAGUUCCCUGACCUUGUCAGGACCUUUGAUGACCUCACAAGUCAUGUUAAAGAGCAACACAUCAAGAAAGAACCCAAGCUGUUUGAGACCUGGGCACCUGUGGCCCAAGAAGUAUUGGAGAAAGGGUCUCCAUCAGUGAAGACAGGGAAAAUAGGGAUAAUCAUUAGAUCUAUGAUAUAUGAUUUCAGGGACUACACUAAACCUCAGAAAAAAUAUGAGAAGCUGUGGAUCCCAAUUUUAGUUAACUGUGUGAAGUGGCAGAUCCCAGUAACCAUGGAAGCAGCUUGUAGAGUGAUUAGAGAUGACCAGUGGGUUCGCUGUCUGAAUGGAUCUGGAAGGUAG